UAAUGCGUUUAAGUUUGUACAUCCUUUUGUGUUUGUCUAUGCUGUAAAUAGAAUUUGUAAGACAUAAUUAACAUUUUAGGAAUCUCAUGGACGCUCCACCUUUUACAAGUUGAGGGUGUUGAUCAGCAAUUCCAUUAUUGGCCUCUAGGUGGUGUAUUUUCCUUCAACAUUUUCUUUGUUUUUUUCCAUCUCUCGUCUGUAGCCCGUGCUCUCGGUGUGCUACGGCCAGGGGACUAAUAUUUUUUUUAGAAAAACAUUUCUGUGAUGGCGGAGGACAGUGAAUCUGCGGCCAGUCAACAGAGCCUGGAACUGGACGACCAGGACACCUGCGGGAUAGACGGGGACAACGAGGAGGAGAAUGAGCAUAUGCAGGGAAGUCCGGGGGGAGACCUGGGGGCCAAGAGGAAGAAGAAAAAACAGAAGAGGAAGAAAGAGAAGCCCAGCUCGGGGGGAGCCAAAUCUGACUCUGCCUCAGACUCUCAGGAGAUAAAGAACCCUGUUUUACCCAUUCAGAAGUUGCAGGACAUCCAAAGAGCCAUGGAGCUGCUGUCCUGCCAAGGUCCUGCCAAGAGCAUUGAUGAGGCAGCAAAGCACAAGUAUCAGUUUUGGGACACUCAGCCUGUGCCAAAGCUAAAUGAAGUUGUAACCAGUCAUGGGCCGAUUGAAGGGGACAAAGAAAACAUUAGACAGGAGCCAUAUUCUUUACCUCAAGGUUUUAUGUGGGAUACUCUGGACCUCAGCAACGCAGACGUACUGAAAGAGCUGUACACGCUGUUAAAUGAAAACUACGUGGAGGACGAUGACAACAUGUUCAGAUUCGAUUAUUCUCCCAACUUCCUUAAAUGGGCCCUGCGUCCUCCUGGAUGGUUACCCCACUGGCAUUGCGGCGUACGAGUGUCGUCCAAUAAGAAACUUGUCGGCUUCAUCAGUGCCAUCCCUGCCAAUAUACGCAUCUAUGACACGCUGAAGAAGAUGGUAGAGAUCAACUUCCUGUGUGUCCACAAAAAGCUGCGUUCAAAACGCGUCGCUCCUGUGCUGAUCAGAGAAAUCACACGGCGGGUGAACUUAGAGGGAAUAUUUCAGGCGGUGUACACAGCUGGAGUGGUGCUGCCCAAACCUGUGUCCACAUGCAGGUACUGGCAUCGCUCGUUGAAUCCCAGGAAGCUUGUGGAAGUGAAAUUCUCCCACCUGAGCAGAAACAUGACCCUGCAGAGAACCAUGAAGCUCUACAGACUUCCAGAUAGCACCAAAACUUCUGGUCUGAGACACAUGGAGAGACGUGACAUCAGACAGGUCACGGGGCUGCUACAGAAAUAUCUAAAACGUUUCCAUCUGGCGCCCUCUAUGGGGGAAGAGGAGGUGGCACACUGGUUCCUGCCGCAGGACAACAUUAUAGACACAUAUGUUGUAGAGGGCCCUGGUGGUGAACUGACAGAUUUCACUAGUUUCUACACUCUGCCUUCGACUGUGAUGCAUCACCCUCUUCAUAGGAGCCUGAAGGCUGCUUACUCUUUUUACAACGUUCAUACACAAACCCCACUACUGGACCUAAUGAAUGACGCCCUCAUCCUGGCUAAGAUGAAAGGUUUCGAUGUUUUCAAUGCCUUGGAUUUAAUGGAGAAUAAAGUGUUCCUGGAGAAACUCAAGUUUGGCAUAGGAGAUGGAAACCUGCAGUAUUACCUCUACAACUGGAAGUGUCCAUCCAUGGACCCUGAAAAGGUGGGUCUGGUCCUUCAGUAGCAGGUCUUUCCACUGCAGCUCUGCCCAGUACUGAUGGAGAGGUUUUUCACCGGCCUCCGGCUACUACUCCGUACAUGGAAACACAGGUGGCCCAAACAAGACAAUGAAAUCUACUAAAGUAAAAAAAAACACCUGGUGAACGGGAGGCGCUUCAAAUCGGCAGAACUUUCUCCGUUCACCUGGAGCUGAAAACUCAUCAACAUCCUGAAUGUGAAGUCAUGCUAUGCCUGAGAUACUCAUACAGCACAUGAACAGUCACAUUAAAAACCGUCACCCGUUUGACAUUCAAGAGGAUGCCUUGCCAUUUGUACAUUCUGUUUAGCUCUUCCUCUGUAGAAACUGUUGAAUGGGACAGUUUUGUUUUGGUUCAAUUUCACUGAGGGAAAAUGUGAAAAUGACGUCACCGUGUCCAAACGAAUAGUUAUUUUAUCCCCACCGCAACGGAACAGUCAUUAUUCCAGUAUGUUCUCAUGUCAGUGAGGUCAGGAGUGUGUCCGCUGGAUGUGUUGGCAUCACUGAAAAAUUUCAGAUGCUAAGGUCUCUGAGUAUAUUUUAGAUGACAAUACGACAUAAGAACAAUCCUCUUUUUCAGAAAGGUAGAAACUCAGUUAAUUCACACUGGUAUGAAGUGAAAGUCUUUUUCAACUGGUUCACUGGUGAACAUCAAUGUAAACUUACAUUUAGAUCCACGUCAUAUUCUCGUAGUGUAUUUGAAGUUUGCUGAAGAAGAGUGUCGCGCAUCAAUGAAGCACAAUUAUUUCUCUUUGGUUAUUAAUCGAGCAAAAGAUCAGAAUUUUAGUAGAAAACAAAGGAACAAGCUGUUUUGACAAAAUGAAACUGUUUCUAGAGAUGUAUUUCUGUAGAAAACAAAUACAGUUAUUUGGUGAAAGUUAAUGAAUUAUGCAAAUAGAUGUUGUGAUGAUGUGAUGAAUGAAAAUAAGAAUGCAACAGUACUUGCAUUAACACAUUUUUGCCGGUGUUUUUUCUAGAGACAGUUUUAUUUUGUAGAAUUUGCUUUGAAAAAGUGCACGUUCUCGGUUUUAAGUUAUAUUUAAAACAAACACGUUUGGUUUUACAAUCUCUGCAGAUGUUUUUCUUACACAGAGCUGCCUGUUGCAAAGCAUAAAAAAAUAAGCAAAUGUUCAUUUGUUUGUGGUGAAAAGCAUUUCUGAAGUCUCGGUAAACAUCCAUCUACUCACCUGCAGUCAGAACUAACUCUCAGUUCAGGAAAACAGAGAGAACUUGAGCACAGUGUUUAAAAGAAGUCAUUUCCAGCAGCAUGUUUUCAGAGUACAGUGGCUUAAUCAACAAAAGCCUGCACCAGUUAAAAUGUGAUUUUUUUUUUUUUUUUCCGUUUCAGGUGCUUUUUGUUUACAGCUCUUAAAUAUGUUUUAAUGGUACUGUAUUUUGUGUGUCUGAAAUAUUUACACCAGGUUUUUUUUUGUGUAGUGCAGAUAAUUGAGUGAAACAGUUCCAAUAUUUAUAACUGUUCUUACUGAACAUCUCCAGACUUUUCUUUUCCCUUUUAAGUUCUUUGUUUUGUGUUACUUACGUUUAUGUGAAUUGAUUUACAGGCAUUUCUGUCUUUUUUUGUAAAAGGCCAAAGGCCUGUUGUUUACUUUAAAUGAUUUUAAUGUCCUUUUAAACUAUCUUUUCCUAUUGAGUUUUUUUGUUUUGUUUUAACUUUAAUGUAUUUUUCCUCGUUCUGUGAAUGCUAUUGUCUUGUCUGUUGACCUUUCCGUAUGUGAUGUAACGUCCUCCUCAUCUCUCCAUUAACUAGCUUUAUUUUCUACCAUUGAAGGGUUGAAUGGGCUCCAUCCACACGGACAAACGUUACCAAAACCCUGAUGAACAGUCACCGAGUCAACAGCGUGCCUCCUGGAGGUUGGCCGUCACUGAUGUGUUGCCUGCAGCUGUUUGAAUGAAUCUUUGAGCAUGUCAGUUUUGCUGCUGUGUUGAUUUUACACUAAAUGUUACUAGCUACACCCUUUAGUGAGGACUCGACACAAAUGACCUGCCUUAUUUAAAACAGGGUGGUGGGGUUGUACUUUUAAGAAAAACAAAAAGAAAAAAACAAUAACUAAAAAUGUGUGCAGCUUUCUCUUGACUGGAGGCCAGCAUUUUCGUUCAAAUCCAUUAUAAGCUGUCAGAAAAAGCUCAACGACAUGUACCAGCACCAUGUAAACAUGGCCUGACCACAUGCAACAACAAUCUGUUUCAAUACACAUCGGCUAAAACCAGCAUGAAUGUUUGAAUAAAACUCACUAUAAAAAGA